GAUAAAAACAUCCUGAAAAUAACGGUCGGUUGACAGACUGUCGCAGUACAGGGGAGGCGCGUUCAUGUAAUCGUGCUCUCCGAGCAAUACAAUAUCUGGAGUACACCUAAAUAAAUAAACCAUGGCUGAGGGCGACAAUAAAAGUGCAAAUCUGUUGGCUCAAGAGACGAGUCAGCUGGAGGAGCAGCUGCAAGGAUGGGGAGAGGUGAUCCUGGCUGGAGAUCAGUUCCUGCGCUGGGAGAAGCAGUGGUACCCAGCAGUGUUAGUGGGUCCCACCUCAAUCCUGUUCAUGCUAAUCUACUUCUUGGACCCCUCUGUGCUCACUGGUCUGUCCUUCACUGUCAUGAUCCUGUGCCUGUCUGAUUACUUGGUGCCCACUCUUGCCCCCCGUGUUUUCGGUUCUAACAAAUGGACCACAGAACAGCAGCAGCGUUUCCAUGAGAUCUGUGGGAACCUUGUGAAGACUCAGCGCCGUGUGCUUGGAUGGUGGAAACGUCUGUUUGCCCUGAAGGAAGAAAAGCCAAAAAUGUAUUACCUCUCCGUCAUCAGCAGUCUUGUGGCUGUGGCCUGGAUCGGACAACAAGUGCAUAACCUCUUCCUCACCUACCUGAUCGUGAGUUUCCUUCUGCUUUUGCCUGGCCUCAACCAGCACGGCAUCAUCACCAAAUAUACUGGCAUGGUGAAGAGAGAGGUCAACAAACUUCUUAAACAGAAGGAGAAGAAGAAUGAGUAACAGAUUAGGCUCUAGUGAAAAGUGAAAUCCGGAUAAAUUUAAGUGUUAAAGUGUCAUCUGCCCCACUCAACGUCAGAUCUCAACAGACCAAUGCAAAGCCUGAGCUGAUCCAGUAAACGGCUUAAAUGUGCGCUGAUCUCUCUUGAGGUUCUUAGGUAUUUUUUCUUUUGUUUUAAGGUUUCAUUUCAAAUUAUACCUUUUUGUUUUCCAUGAAGUAUUUUUUUUUUCCAACACUGAAAUGUUGCGUUCAUUUCAGCCGUUUUACGUCAAUGUAUAAUUUACGUCGUAGUAAAUGUGUUAAGUCUGUGCAAAAUCUAAAA